GAAGGGCCUGCUGCGCCUUCGCUGCCCCGGUGCGCCCGCCUCAGCUGCAGCCUGGUCACACCCGUGCUUCUCUGCGUAGGGACUCACGGACAAAUUGGUCGUGCCCGUGGCUCGGGGUGCUGCUGACCCGACUUUGGGUCUGCGUGUGGUCCCUGCCGGUUGUGGCCCCAGGGCAGCACCCCCGCACUUGUGCAUCGUUCCUAGGCUAGAGUGUGGUUCCAAUCUGUAUCUCGAUUUUCACACAUCUGUAAAAGGACAAGAGUCACCUUUUUAAAAGGCUGCAACAUAUUGUGGGUAUAUUUAUGUUGGGGGAAAAAAAAUUAAAAACUAACUCGUCGUGUGACUAAGUUCCUGUGGACGAGAAGGAAGCAAAGUCCAAGGUACAGAACUCAAACAUGAACAACGAUACAUAUUACCAAUGUUCAAAGCUGAUUUGGGUAGAAUUGGAAUACAGUUGCAUACAACAUAUUCCAGAAGAAUCAGAAAAGUCAAAGUAAUGGAUAACAGAAAAGAGCCUCCAUUCUUCAAUGAAGAUAACGUGGGACCAUUUUAUUUCAAACUUCCUUUCUAUGACACCAUGGAACUCUUCAUCGAAACGUUGACUGGAACAUGUUUUGAACUAAGAGUUUCACCCUUUGAAGCUGUUAUCUCUGUGAAAGGAAAAAUUCAAAGAUUGGAAGGUAUUCCCAUCUGUCAGCAGCACUUAAUUUGGAAUAACAUGGAACUUGAAGAUGAUUAUUGCUUGAAUGAUUACAACAUUUCAGAAGGUUGUACCUUGAAGCUGGUAUUGGCAAUGCGUGGUGGACCGAUAAGUACUAGAAAAGUUCCUGUGGAAGACCCACUCAGGGAGCUUGCUGAGUACAUGGAUUCCAGUCGAGAUGAGGUCUGGGAAAAGACCUCCUGCAACAAACAAGUUACGUUUUUGGUAUACCGGGAAGGAGAUCAGCUGAAUUUCUUUCGUGUGGUAGAUAGAGGAGAUGGCACUUUAACCCCACUGUCUGAGUCUUUAAGUGGUUCUGUGUAUAAUUUGUAUACAGAUGAGGAUGAGGAAGCUGAGCCUUCUCCUUCUGGGCAACAGAUCAUUGAAAACUCUAUAACUAUGAAUAAGAUGAAGCUGCUGAAGGCUAAGAUGGAGAACAUGAAUCUCAGCAAAAAGCCUAAGAAAGUUGUCAAGGUAAAACCUCGCCCACCUCUAGCUCCUCGGCCGACCAGCAGUUCUACAGCAGCAGCCCGGCACAGAUUGCUAAGAGUCCUCCCUCAUAUUGGGCAGUCUUGUUUACCUUCUGGGAAUGCAUAUCUCCCUGAAACAUCCAGGAAUGCAGGCCCAAGUCCUGCAGCUCAGGCCCCUGCCGAUAGACCAGUGUCAUCUCUCAGGAAUGAGCUGCUGAAGGAUGAUGACAAUUGGGAGAUUAACAUGUUAUCUCACUCCACGAGUAGUAUCAGACUGCUUCCUCAGUUGACCCAUAUAGAACUGGAAAGUGACAAAGAGCUCGCAGAUUCUGUUCUUCACCUUGGAUCAUCCCUGUCUAGGCGGACCAAGCACCUUUCAGGAAACUUGUUAUCUAAUAAUGAGGAUGAUGUUGUCUUGUUUCCACGGUCAGAAGAAUGUGUAGCUGAUGAGUUGCUCCUGCCAGAAGUAGGUGCUUUUGCUCCAUUUGCAGAAGGAAACGGUGCCGAGCAGAGCAGUGGUGUAGAAGGGUUAGGGAAGGUAACUCCAGAGUUCCCACUCUCUAAAGGUGAUGGAGGACUGAGGGCAGCAGAGCAGCCUCUGAGCCACGUGGCAAGAGUGCUGAGCAGUGAUCCAGGAGACAAUGCAGUUCUUAACCACCGAGAGCCAAGCUCUCACAAGAACAGACUCCUGUCACCUCUUCUCUGUGCUGCACCAGUGUCACUACAUAAUCCUCUGGUGAAGCCACAGAGACAGUCAAAAUGCUUUGAGUCAGGCAACCCCUCAGCGUCUACUUCACAAAACACCCUGCGGGAAUUGGACAUUCGAACCAUAGCAGAUUCUUCUUUCUCUAGGACUGCUCGCUUCCGUGGUGUUAAAGUCGAUUCGCCUGGAAAAAGAUCUGAUGUUAUUUCUAAAGUGGAAGCCCGAGAUAUUACAGAAAUGGCUAAUAAAGCUUCCAAAGAGCCUGUUGGUUGUGUAAACAAUAAUGGCUUUUUGGCUUCACUGGCACGGAGUGCAAGCAGAGACAGUUUGCAGAGCACCCAUGGGGCAUGCAGGCUUCGGUCCUCUGGAAUUGGUUUGUCUACAAACUUCCAGCAUUUUCAGGAUGAAAACAUUAGGAAAAGUUCUCCCCAGUCAGAACCUACAGAUUUUUUUCUAUCUGCCCGCGGUAUUGGAAUGAAUGGAAGUAAUGCAGCAGCAGGGAAGAGAAUAGGAGAGAGCAUCCACCACCUUCCACCUGUGAAAGCCCCUCUUCAAACAAAGAAGAAAAUAAUGAAACAUUGUUUUCUUUGUGGAAAGAAAACAGGACUGGCCACUAGCUUUGAAUGCAGGUGUGGAAACAACUUCUGUGCAUCUCACCGUUACGCAGAAGCUCACGGCUGCACUUACGACUACAAAAGUGCAGGGAGGAGAUACUUAGAGGAGGCCAACCCUGUGGUCAACGCACCAAAACUUCCCAAAAUCUAAUUCUUCUCUGCGCUUUACUGCUUUGCCUGAGGAAUCGAUUAUAUUUGACAGAGAAAUAUUGUUUAGACUGCAUUAUUUUUGUUCGACUCCAAAAGAUUUGCCAAAUAACAAGCGCACAUAGUGUGCACUGUUGGAGACUGAAAAUGCCUACUGUAUUGAUGUCUUUAUUCUUUGGUGAAUCAAAAGUUUUAAAAGUAGUUUUAAAAACUUUACACUAUAAUGAUUUAGUUUUGUUAUUGCAUGUCUGUGUUAAGUAUUUUACAUUUGAGAUUGGAAUUAUUAGACAAAUCUUCAAAAGAUGCACUUUAGGAAGUUGCUAUUGGCCACAUAACUAGGCUUCCAUGUUGUACAGCAGUGAGUGGUUCCGUAUGGCUCUGUUCAAACUGAGCACAUUUGCCCUUUUUCUUUCUUUUCUUGGGGGGAUGGGAUAAAUGGGAUAUUUUUUAAAGAAUAAAUCCCGCAUGUGAAAGUUUAUGGAGGUUACUGGCAAGUUCUUUUUAAAAGAACAUUUGGUUUUUUUAAACAUGUGAUUUUUAACACAUAUAUUUCUUCCAUAUUCAGAUUGGCAUUCAUAUAUGUAUCCAUUCUGUAGAACACAUCAUGUUAAUAUAGUAUACAUUUAAAAAAAUACUACUUUUUAAAUGGUAGUUUUAAAAUAACAGUAUCUUACUUGUUGCCAUUGAAAAAAGAAUCCAACUUUUCACUUUCAAAAAUGGCUAUAUAUAUAUUUUUAAAAGUCUCACAAACUUGGUUUAUUUUUCUUACAUAUUGAGUGCUUUUACAGGGGAAAUUCAAAUAAAUAUUCAACUUCACUAUGACUUUAUUUGAUUAUUUACAAUACAUUUUCUUUUAUAAAGUACUUAAAUAAGUGAUUUAUUAUACUUGGGGGAAAUGACUGGCAGUAUAAAGGUACUAUUUUAAGGUCUGAUGACUUUGUUCUUAGGUAUAAUGAAUUUUCUAUUCAGGACUUUGGAGGGCCAUUGAAGCUAAUGUUGAAUGUGAGGCAACAGCUGUCAGGCGGCCAAGUUAGGGGCUGUACCCUUGUUUCCCACAGGGGCUCCCAAAGGCCAUUUUGGUGCGUCAUAGACCACUCACUCCUCUGAGGGUUGCCAGGAGAACUCUUGAUACUCCUCUCUCACUUCAUAUAGGAGAUUGAAUGGUGAUGGACAGACAUGCCAUCAGACCUAUAGUAAAGUAGAUUAGUUAAAGAGAAUGGUAAUAGAGGAUUAAAGAUGGAGGGUAUGCUUUUGUUUGUUGGUUUGCUUUGUUUUUUGUUUUUUGAGAUAGGCUCUCAAGACUGUAGCCAAGCCUGCCUUUGACUCACUGUGUAGCCCAGGCAAGCCUUUGAAUUCGCAGCAGCCUUUAAGCCUCAGUCUCUCUUGUGCUAGGAUUAUAGGCUGGAGUUAACACUCUGCUGAAGACAUGCUUUGUAUAUGUGGCACAUGAGUGCAUUUGAAGGAUACACGAGGCCAGAGCAGGAUGUUAAGUGACCUGCACCAACAGGUCAUUCUUCAGUGACAGGGUCCUCAGUGAGACAGGUAGGAGAUGAGAAGAAAUAGGGACACUGGUGUUUGGAGAUCUUAUGCCUAGCAAGCUUAAGAAGUAUAGCAUCUUAUAUUCUAUUUCCACAGCAGAAAUAGGACAGAGUUAACAGAAACUAUCAAAUAAUGGAAUGAAGUUAUCAUGAAGAAAGUCCAGCAAUGUUGUACAAAAGGGAACACAGGCUUUUUCAAGUUCAUCACAACAGAGCACAUAGUGGCCUUAGGACUGAUUACUCCAGGCUCUUUAGGGGAAAAAGCCAAGUUUCUAGGGACCAAAUCCUUUAACUCCUCUGAGGCCCUGGCCCCAGCCCCAGCCCAGCCCUUGCCAAGUCUACUUGGGCAAAGACACUGCCUUUUCACUGGUGCCUCUGAGAAAGCCUUAGACCUGCCCAUCCCUGAGCAGUUAGGUAUCUAUCAUUCUCCACAAUAUUGACUUGAGGCAGGUUUUUGCCAUGUUUUGCAUACUUUUAACUCAUAAUUAUUAGUCGGAAUAAGUCUUAAGUCUUCAGUUCUAUGAAUGAUUUUGGUCAAAGUUGCAUCAAGUUUUUGUCUGAUACUGGGGAUGAGACCAUAGCCUAAGCAAGCACCCUGCCACCAAGCCACACCCCAGCCCACAGGUGAGAGUUACUUUGUAGUUUUUGAGUCAUUUAGAAAUGAAACACUUUGGGGUUUUUUUCUUUGUUUUUUGUUUUUGUUUUU